AAUGGGCGGUCCUUCCCUGAGAUGCCAUCAUCAUUCCUAAAUAACCGAGGGUUUAAUCCCAACCCAGUCUUCAAUCUCAAUCCCCCAGCGAUCCAAGCACCAUUUACCUCCUUCUCCUCCUUUAUCUUUAUCAAAGUCCUUGAACUCCCAAACAGGAUCAGAGAAGUAGUUGUAAGAGAAGCCUGAAAUUUGGGAUAUCCUCAAGGCACCGUGACAUACUCCAAGGCCAUGAAAACCAAUAAAAGCCCGAGUUGUGUAAAAAUACUCUUUUUCUAAUAUUUUUCAUUCCCGCCAAAUAACCCCUAGCUCUAUCAGAAACAGUGAGCCUCUUUGGGUUUGAACUUUGAAGAACUCUCCAAUGGCGUCCUCUCAGAAAUUGAUAGAGUACGAGCGGAAGCGCCUUGACAACAUUCGCCGCAACGACGAAAUGAUGGCCGCCCUUAAAGUCCACUCCAAAGCUACUGAGCUCUCCACCGCCUCUUCAAAGCGCCAAAGUUGGAACCAAAUAGUACAAAGUGAGGCCAGAGAAGAAGAAACCCAUAACUCAAACCCCAAUCGAAACCCGAAGGUCUUUACGCGCUCAGGGAAUGCCUUCAGAUGACACUGUCAAAGCAAUUUCCCAAUCCAAUUCCAACACUUCGCCAAUGCUUGAUUUGGGGCCUCUUUCUAGGAGAGAUGCUUAUCGAGGAAUCGCCUCUGAUAAACUACUAAUGGAAAGAAUUCGCGGUUUUUUGAAGAAACCCCAUGAGGAGUUUGGGUUUAAUGGUGGGGAUUCGAUAAAGGGUGUGUGUGAAAGUGGGACUGGGAGUAGUUUGGAAUUGAAUUCUUUGAGUCUGAAUCCGGAGAGUGUUGCAAGAGUUGUGCUGGAGAAUAUUGUGGUUGGGAACAAUUUUGGGAAUGUUGGCUUUUGGGAUGUUGAUUCUAGUAUAGAUGAUGAAGAAGAAGACGAUGGGCUUCAUCUGUAUGACCCACAUCACGGUGUCAUUUCCGGAAUUUCAAUUCAUCAACAUUCCUUUUCAAAGAUCUUUACUAGUUGUUAUUUGGGAUUUAUCCGAUUGAUGGAUGCUGAGAAGGAGGUUUUUGAUUUGGCGCAUUCAAGUGAUGAUUCUAUAUAUUCUGCUUCUCAACGAUCAGAUGAUGUCAAGUGCUUAUAUUUUAGUGAGGGUCAUGGAGGUUUGAAUAUCUGGGAUGAGAGGAUUGGAAAAUGCCCAACCCAAUGGAAUUUGCAUGAACAUAGGAUUAACUCCAUUGAUUUUAACUCCGAAAACUAUAAAAUCAUGGCUACUAGUUCCUCCGAUGGAACUGCCUGCGUAUGGGAUUUGAGAAGUAUUAAUGUAGAUCAACCCAAAACUCUGAUGAAAGUAAGCCACAAAAGGGCCGUGCAGUCUGCUUACUUCUCACCCUCUGGAAGCUCCCACGCAACAACAAGCAUGGACAACACAGUUGGUAUAGGGACUGGAGUAAAUUUUGACCACACUUCAAUGAUUAAGCAUGAUAAUCUGAGCGGCUUCAGAGCAAUAUGGGAUCGGGAUGAUUCACACAUCUUCAUUGGCAAUAUGAAAAGAGGAGUUGAUGUUAUCUCCCUAACUCUUGAAAAAACAAUAUUCACUCUACAAAGCCCACACAUGUCAGCAGUUCCACGCAGGUUUGAUGCACACCCUUCAACUGUUGGCAUGCUUGCAGGAGCCACUUGUUUGGGCCAGGUUUAUAUGUGGACAUUGGGCUAGCAACCUCAGUUUCUUUCUGUAAAACAGGACUGCUGUUGCAUAUUGAUUUUUUUUUUGGAGUAGAAUUGACAGAGUUUGUGCAGUUUGAUGUCUUGCAAAAUGACGAGAAACUGCUUUUGUUAGACAGAGUGACUAGAAAUCCGGGUCCUUGAUCAAAUGGUUUUGUAUAGAUCAUGCACACUUUCAUUGUGGAAUAAGAAUGAGUAGUUUAGUACAAGAAGCAAAGGAAGUUGGAAUCUCAUGUAGUAGAUCGGUAUCCUUUUGACUAAUAUUUUGUUCCAAUUACUGGCAUUCUGAGUCUUGAAUAUUCUUCAUUUUAAUAUCCUUUUGACUAUCA